AACCACUCGACUUGUUGUAAUAUUAUAUAAAAUAACAGAAUGCCGCAGAACGAACACAUUGAGCUCCACAGAAAACGUCACGGACGCCGGUUGGAUCAUGAAGAGCGACAGCGCAAGAAGCUGGCUCGUGCCGCCCAUGAUCGUUCACAAAUGGCGAAGACCUUGCGUGGACACAAGGCGAAGUUGUAUCACAAAAAGAGAUAUUCGGAGAAGGUUGAGAUGAGAAAACUUCUGAAACAACACGAAGAGAAAGAUCAAAAGAAUACAGUGGAGCAACCGGAUAAGGGAGCAGUUCCAGCAUAUCUUCUCGACAGACAGCAGCAGACUUCAGGAACAGUGCUCUCGAAUAUGAUUAAGCAGAAGAGAAAGCAGAAGGCUGGAAAGUUCAACGUCCCAAUUCCACAAGUACGAGCUGUCAGUGAUGCUGAAGCGUUUAAAGUCGUGAAAACCGGAAAAACGAAUCGUAAAGGAUGGAAGAGAAUGGUGACAAAAGUCACAUUCGUCGGCGAGUCAUUCACCCGAAAACCCGCGAAAUUCGAACGAUUCAUUCGUCCGAUGGGACUUCGUUUCAAGAAGGCACACGUCACACAUCCAGAACUUCAGACGACAUUCCAUUUGCCAAUUGUUGGUGUUAAGAAGAAUCCGUCGAGUCAAAUGUACACAUCUUUGGGUGUUAUUACAAAGGGAACCAUCCUUGAAGUUAAUGUAUCCGAAUUGGGAAUGGUUACUCAAGGAGGAAAGGUCGUUUGGGGGAAAUUCGCACAGGUGACGAACAAUCCAGAGAACGACGGAUGCAUCAACGCCGUGCUUCUCAUCUAAAUGAUCUUCUUCUAUUUUCUCUUCUUCUUCUACCCACUUCCAUUUCCACUUUUACUCGUUUCUGCGUUCAUUUUUUGUUGAUUUUAUCAUUGUUUUCUCUUCGUCUACACACACAUUCAACCGGAAUAAAGCUAAAUUCCACGUUU